CCUCCCGGCCGUGCCGCCGCGGGGCGCGCCGGGAGUUGUGGUGCGGGCGGGUCGCGCCCAUGGCGGACCGGGACGGUACCGGGCGCGGCGGGGCCGGGAGCGGCCCCGGGGGCGGGAGCGGCCCCGGGGGCGGAGCUCCCUCUGCCCCUGCCCCCGCACGGGACCCCCCCAGCGCCCCCGCGGCUGCCGGUGCCCGGCAGGAGGAGGCGGAGCAGGACGCCGAGUCUCCGGUCUCGGAGCCCGAGCCCGGCGCUUCGGCCGACGCUGACAUGGAGCUGCUGCGGACGCUGCUGUCCCGGACCCUGGGGCUCGGCGGGGACAAACCGGAGCCGGUGCUGGACGAGCUGAGCCUGGCGGGCGUCAGCCGGUUCCUCAAGAGCGGCCGGUGUAAGAACAUCGUGUGCAUGGUGGGCGCCGGCAUCUCCACCUCCGCCGGGAUCCCGGAUUUCCGCUCCCCCGGCACCGGGCUCUACUCCAACCUGCAGAGCUACAACCUGCCCUACCCCGAGGCCAUCUUCGAGAUCGGCUUCUUCAAGAAACACCCCGAGCCCUUUUUCGCCCUCGCCCGUGAGCUCUACCCGGGGCAGUUCAAGCCCACGGUGUGCCACUACUUCAUGCGGCUGCUGCAGGACAAGGGGCUCUUGCUGCGCUGCUACACGCAGAACAUCGACACUCUGGAGAGGGUGGCGGGGCUGGACCCGGAGCUGCUGGUGGAGGCUCACGGCACCUUCUUCACCUCGCACUGCCUGCGGCCCUCGUGCCGCCAGAGCUACAGCCUGGCCUGGAUGAGGGAGCGGAUUUUCUCCUCCCUCGUCCCCAAAUGUGAGAAGUGCCAGGGCCUGGUGAAACCUGACAUCGUGUUCUUUGGGGAGAACCUCCCCUCGCGCUUCUUCGCCCUCCUGGAGUCGGACUUUGAGAAGGUCGACCUGCUGCUCAUCAUGGGCACCUCGCUGCAGGUGCAGCCCUUUGCCUCCCUCGUCAGCAGGGUCCCCACCAACACCCCCAGACUCCUCAUCAACAAGGAGAAGACGGGGCAGAGUGACCCCCUGAUGUCCCUGAUGGGCUUUGGUGGCAUGGACUUUGACUCGGACAAGGCCUACAGGGACGUGGCCUGGCUGGGGGACUGCGACAGCGGGUGCCUGGCUCUGGCCGAGCUCUUGGGCUGGAAGGAGGAGCUGGAGGAGCUGGUGCGGAGGGAGCACGCGGCCAUCGAUGCCAAGGGGGGGGACAGGGACGGGGGAGCCCCCCAAAAGCCCCGGGGGGAUGAGGCCAAGGACGGGGGGCACCCCACAAAGAGCCUGGGGGACAAGGAAAAAGCUCAAAGCGACCCCAAGAAGAGCCUGGGGAGCAAGGCCAAGGCUGAAAAGGAGCCCAGAAAACCCCAGGAGGACAAGGACAAAGCUCCGAGUGACCCGGAAAAGUCACGGCGGGGCAGUGAGGAGCCUCCCCACGGCACGGGGGGGACGAGCCAAAAUUAAAUGGUCACAGAGGA